UUUUUCUCGUUGGCGCCAGAACGUAUCCGCGCCGAAAUGUUUAAAAUAUUUAAAUAUUAGUUUUUCUUUAUUCUUUUCUUUUCAGGUAAUUUCAGCCCUUUCAAUAUCCAAAUAUAUCGAUAGAAGAUUUAAAUAUAUAAAAUGGUUUCCUUUUUGUUUUGCCUUGAUAGGCAUUCCUUGCAUGGUUAUUAGCAGGACACAUUAUACCUGUGAUGUUAUUAUUGCAUUAUUGGCAUCAAAAGCUUUGUUUAUAUUUUAUCACGCUUUUUGUGAAAUAGAUUCCCUUCAACAAAGAAAACGUUCUGUUCUACAUUCUCUUUGUUUUACAAAAAUAAUAUUUUGGUUGGAAGAAAAUGUUGAUAAUCAAAAGUAUUUUUUAGAAAUUAAAUUUAAAAAAAUCCGUAAAUAA